AUGGCUAGUGGCCGCCAGCGCAGCCGCCGCCGCCGGCGAGGGGGAAAUCAAGCACCCGCGACAGGCAUAGGCUCCUUCAGCGACGACAUCCUGCUGGAGAUCUUCGUCCGCCUUCCCUCCCUCGCGACGCUUGUCCGCGCCGCCCUCACCUGCCGAGCGUGGCGCAGCGCUGUGGCAUCUUCACCGUCCUUCCGCCGGCGCUUUCGCGCUCUGCGCCCCGCGCCCUUACUCGGCGUCUUCAGCUACCUCCACGCCUCGGCGCCCCUCCCGGUCUUCGCCCCCACGUACUGUCGCGACCGGGACGUCCUCGCGGCCGUCCGCAGCAGCGACUUCUUCCUCACCUCCCUCUUGGACGGCAGCUGGCACGUCGACUGCUGUCACGACGGCUACCUCGUACUGGCCAACACGCAGUCUGCCCAACUCGCCAUGGUCAACCCUUUGGCCCGAUACAGCCCUGACUACAUCGUUCUCCCUGAUAUGGGCGCGGGCACUCCGGAGAUUCUCUUCCUCGGCAUGUUUUUGCUUUCAUCUGAGGAAGACCCGAUGUCUUUCCGAGUGCUCUGGGUUUGCUACGACGCGUGCAGGGUGCGCGCGGCCGUGUUCUCGUCGGACACCUGGGACUGGCGUGUUCAUCCAUGGGAGGGAGUACCUGACAGGACACUGCCACAUGACGGCGACAAAUACUGGCUUCGUUCUGGGAAUCUAGUCGACGGGACCGUGUACUGGCUUUGCGAAAACAUGGAGUACUUGCUCACUCUGGACACGGAGACGAUGGAGUUCUCCGUUUCCGAGCUCCCGCCGUGUUUGAAGGGUCGGCCGCAUUGCAGCGUUAUCAUCGGCGGGACCAAGGGUGGCGCGCCUCGCAUCGUAUAUGACACUGGAAACGACAUUAUUCAAGUUCUGAUGCCUGGAGGCGACGAGAAGGGUAUUGACGGGUGGGAGCUAGACCGGGUCUAUCACAAGGACGACCCUGGUAUGUUUUAUAUGGUGGCCAGUAAAGAUGGCUUUGUGUAUUUGGCCUCAGUGGAGAUGUUGUAUUCACUCUGCUUGGAAACAUUGCACCUGGAGAAACUGGCUCCGAGGACAUUCGGUGCCAAUUAUAUCUCUUCCUCCUACUUCAUGGCAUGGCCUCCUUCGUUGGUAGGAAACUAUGGGAGAUUUGCAGUGCUGGAAGAUGAUCCUUGCAAUGCAUAACUAGCUACUUCCU